ACCAAAAUAGUGGAUGAAGAGAAAAAUGCAAAUGAACAAGAAUUUAACUUCGAAAAAGCUCGUUUGGAAGUGCACAAAUUUGGAAUCACUGGAUACAAGAAGCAGGAACAACGCAUAUGGGAACAGGAGCGUGCUAUCAUGCUGGGAGCCAAGCCCCCCAAAAAGGAACACGUGAACUACAAGACUUACCAAGAGAAAAUGAAAGGGGAAAAAACCGCAAAGGAUGAUAUGGGAAAGGAACAUAAAGGUGAUUCUCUUAAGAAGAAGAAGAAGAAAGAACAGAAGGAGAGGAAGGCCAAAAGGAAGAAAUCGGUGCCUAGCAUUUGGCCUGCAGGACAAGUGGGAAAAUUCAGAGAUGGGACCUUGAUUCUGCAAAGCUAUGACAUAAAGAAAAUUAAAUCAUCUAAAGUUAUCAAAUGA